AUGUGCUCUGUGUUAGAUGCUGUAGAUGCCAGUUAUGAUGUUGGUCACGUGUACAGUUUUGUUUAUAAUGUCACACAUGUGACUGUGUCAUCGGCUAUUCGACCUCUCGCUGUCAGCAGCAUGAGAUAUGAUUUGUCACUAUUCAAGUCUUUAGCAGUUUUGAAGAUCAGUUGUUGUGACUUGUCACUCAUUGAUGGUCUCAGCACUUUACAGAGUCAACUAACUCACAUGUCAGUACACAAGUCAUUGAAAUCAAUGCAGGAAUUGUUUGUUGAUUGUGUCAUAGCAAAACGAACGUCUGUGCCAUCUCAAUCAUCUUCCAUGUUCGAACGUUGGCGGCGAACGUCUCACGGAAAACUGAUCUCCAGUCGGCAUGUCUUUCAACCAUGGAGAUCUCUACAAGUUGUCAAUGUCAGCCACAAUUGCAUCAAAUCUCUUGAUCAGUCGCUAGAUCUCAUGUCUCAUGUGAGACAGAUGAGUGUGAGUCACAAUGAGUUGGAACAGUUAGAUUUCCAGCAGUUGAGUCAAAUGUCGUUGGUCAAACUAGACGUCUCAUUCAAUACUCUCAAGCUGCUGUCGUCCAGUAAACAGAACAUAAAUUCAAUAAAAGAACUUGAUCUCAGCAACAACAGAAUUAACAAGCUAAUAGGUUGUGAGAAUCUUGUUCAUCUCGUUCAUCUCAAUGUGAAGAAUAAUCUUCUCACUCAUGUAAAUGAACUGAAUUGUUUGUCAAAUCUCGCUCAUUUGUCAGACUUGGUGGUUGCAGGAAAUCCGUUUGCGAGGGUAAUGUUGCAUAGGGCAAGUGUGUUUGCUAGAUUGCAUCUUGUUGCUAGACAGUUAACUUUAGACGGCUACAAGAUGUCACGAAGAGAUGAGUCAAAAAUCCGUCGUCACACAUCUGUCUCUCCUUCACAUCAUUUCAUCUCAAACACAUCAUUAUCUUCCAGACCCCAUCACUCUUGCUCGUUAUUCGUCUCGACUUCGUGUGCAACACACAACAUUCAACAACCAACAGCUAGUGUUGAGCUGUCAUCUCAAACGGUUGAAAGCAGACAGACGAAACGAUCGACGGCUGCACUCACUUUACUAGAGAAGACAGAAAUGAAUGGACGUGACGUCAUGACGGAUUCAUGCGUGUCACGUGACUUGAGUGACGAUGAGACGUUGGGGGAUGGGAGUGAGCAUAACACUCGAUCAUCAUCAACACUUCAUUUCCCAUCAUCGUCUUAUAGUUUGGCCUCUGUUCAUCAAGGACACGUCCACACACCAGAGGAAGGAAAUGAGUUGCGGACACAUUCAUUGACUGCAUCUCCACACACUGUGGCAGUCCCUCAUUGCCAUGUUGAUAUCAAUGAUUUGAGUCAGGGAGGACACGAUUGUCUGAGUCAAUUGUCGUCUCUUUCAGGUGAAAAUGUGAGUGAGGAAGAGGGUUAUGAGAUGAGAAAGAGUGGAGCAAUUUGAGCACAUGUUGACUAGAUGAGUGACGAUGCAUGCGGGUCUUGCAGUCAAUUGAGUCAGCACAUGCACACACAAUAGAUCGUCAUGAUGCAUAGAGGUAGAGAUGAUUACUUGUUUUUAAUCGACAGAUUUAUGUGAUUGUUUUUUAACACUCAGCAAUAAAUAUUUUGUUUAAAUAAAAAUUGGUUUG